AUGUGUGAUCAGUUCUUAGGAACCUGGAAACUUGUCUCCAGUGAAAAAUCUGAAGAUUAUAUGAAAGAAUUAGGAGUGGGCUUUGCCAUGAGGAAACUGUGCAGCCUGGCAAAGCCUACCGUGAUCAUCAGUGCUGAUGACGAUAUGCUAACAAUCAAAACAGAGAGCCCUGUUAAAAAUACAGAGAUCUCCUUCAAGCUGGGCCAAGAGUUUGAGGAAACCACAACAGAUAACAGGAAAACUAAAAGUGUUGUAACCUUGGACAAUGGUUCAAUGAUUCAUGUGCAGAAAUGGGAUGACAAAGAGAUCACAAUAAAGAGAGAGGUGGUGGAUGGGAAUAUGGUUGUGGAAUGUACCAUGAAGUAUGCCAUCUGCACUAGAGUCUAUGAGAAAGCAUGAGGAAACUAUCUGCAAUUAACUGCAACCUGCUGCGGGGAACUGGCUCAGUUCCCCAAGAUAAAGGCUACUGUCUUCUUCCUUCUGUUUGUUUGUAAAAGUUUUGAAUAGUCAUGUACCUGCAAUGUACCAUACUUCAGCUUAGU